AAAUGGCACCAGUUAUUGGGGGUUUAUGGUAGCUCUGCAGCAACGGUAAUCUUUGGGAAGUUGUUUUCAUCAGGUUUGGCAAGGUUGAUGUUUACAGCGUGUGUGGUGAUGCUUUGUAGGUUAUGGCUUCCUUCAAGAAAACAAAUGUAAAAAUAUACACGAAACCGGGAGUGAAAACUACUCCCGAUACUAUCUACUGGAAAAAACUUGGGGUUCCUGUCCUGUUGAAAGAAUUUGGUCCUGUAGACUUCAUUGAUUUUUCACCCGUCGAACCUCACUAUUUUGCAGUUACUUGUUCCGUGAAAGUCCAGGUUUAUAAUGCGAUCACAAGGCAAGUGUACAAGAAUUUGAGUCGUUUUCGUGAAACCGCUUACGGUGGAUCAUUCAGGUCGGAUGGAAGACUUCUUUGUGCUGGAGGUGAAGAGGCACAUGUGAAACUGUUUGACGUGUCAUCGAAGUCACUUUUAAGGGUGUUUAAAGGGCAUAAGAGUGCUGUGCAUCGCUGUUUCUUUACAGCAGAUAAAACACAUAUUGCUAGCUUCUCUGAUGACAAAAGUGUUUGCUUGUGGGAUAUUCCUAGUGAGAAGGAAGUUAUCAGCUUCAGUGAGCAUACGGAUUAUGUUAGAGCUGGAACUGUCUCACCGGUAUCUGCAGACAUAAUACUGUCUGGAGGCUAUGAUAAUAUUGUGCGCAUGUAUGAUACACGCGCAAAAACUGCUGUGUUCCAAGUGGACCAUGGAGCACCUGUUGAAAGUACAUUAUUUCUCCCAAGUGGAGGAGUGUUUCUAUCUGCUGGAGGAACAGAAAUUCGUGUUUGGGAUGCUCUUGCUGGAGGAAAAUUGCUAGCAAAAGUGUCGCAGCACCACAAGACAAUUACAUGUUUGAAAUUGUGUUCUGAAAAUAAGAGACUUCUUUCAAGCUCUCUAGAUCGCCAUGUCAAAAUAUAUGACAUUGCAACAUACCAGGUUGUUCAUACCCUUGAUUACCCCAAUGCUGUAUUAAGCUUUGGAGUCAGUGCCAAGGAUGAAACAGUUGUAGCUGGUAUGGUGGAUGGUUUGAUAUCAAUAUCUAGACGGGAAGAUGAAAUUCAACCAUCCAGACAAGAAAGACGCAAAGUCUCAUAUCGUUAUGCUCCAGAUAACUACCAGCCAACAUCUGUGGAUGUUGUUGUAGCUGAAAAGAAACUUGUGCAGAUGUCGAACCAUGAUGUACAUUUAAGAAAAUUUCAAUACUCAAAGGCACUGGACUGCGUUCUUAAACCAUACGUUGUUAACAAGACUCCUCAUGUAACAGUGAGUGUGCUUCUGGAGUUAAUGAGGCGGAAGGCCUUGCGGAGUGCAAUUGCUGGAAGAGAAGGGAGAUCUUUGCUAACCAUUCUAAGAUUUCUGAUCAAGUAUAUAGGAGACUACAAAUUUACAAGGAUACUAAUUGAUGUUACCAACAUAUUCAUGGAUGUCUAUGAGGAUGUAAUAGAUCAGGACCCUGAGGUUAGCAAAAUGUGCAGUGUCCUUGCAGAGAAACUGAGGAAAGAGGAGGAGCUGACUAAACAACUCUUAGAAGUGCAAGGAGCACUUCAGCUUAUUCUCUCAGCAGCAAGUGUUGGAGAGCAGAACAUUGAAACCCGCUUCACAACAGAAAAAUUGUAUCCAUCUGAGAAUGCCCAAGUUAACCCAGUUGUUAAUGUUAAAAUUGAAUAGCUUCAUUGUGCUGUAAAUUACUUUUGUACAUAUUUUCAAUAUACGAGUUUUCUUAAAGAAAAUUUAA